UCUCUUUUGUGGAUGGUGCCCGGCCGGAGGGUGGAAGGCGCGCGGGAAGCCUCGCUCUCAUCUCCCGGGCCAGAGGGGCGUGAGGCUGAGUGACAAGCGGCUGAGCGCGAGCUGGGCUCCGGGAGCAGAGAGGACUGAGGGAGGGAGGGACCGACCCAGCCAGAGGUAGAGUCUGUGCUCGUACCCUCCACAGAGCGCGGUAAAAAGCAACUGAGGUUUCCUUGUCCCUAUGUAUUUAUUUUGAGUUGGAAGAUGGAGAAUUUCUGAAGCAAUCAUGGACAGCAACGACAGAGGCAGCAACGAGGAUUAUCUUUAUGGUGAUCUGUUGCAACAGGACAGUUUUGUUUCUCCAGCGAAGACUGACAAUGAAAACUCUCUAGAUAUCUAUGAUGGCUUGGACACUGACUAUCAAGGAGGUGGACAGUCUGCUUCAAGUGACACUGCAGCAAAGAGUAAACCUGCUAAGGAUUGUUUUGAUCUGUACGAGGAGAUCCUCACUGAAGAGAGAACUGCAAAAGAAAUAUCAUUGAAAGAGUUUCAGGAAAAAUUCGUAGAAAGAGAAAGAAAAGUUGAAGAGUUACUGAAGCAGCUGCACGAAAUACAAAUCCAGAACUCCACUCUGUUGAAUGAAAAUACCCAGCUGAAGAAGAAUAUAUCAGCGCUUAUAAAAACGGCUCGCCUGGAAAUUGUCCGCAAGGAUGAAGAAAUUAAUCGGCUGAACAGAAGACAGUCAAUGAAUUGGAUUGGAAAUCCAGGACUCCGCCUUUACCAUAAUCAGCACCAUCACCCUCCUGGGUCAUUCAAUGUUCCAACUAUGCCACAGACUGAUAACAGAUGUCCCAGUCAGAUUCUUCCGUGUCCACCCAGACCUGCAAAUGUUGAACACUGCCAGCUGGCUGCUAAUUUAAAUGAAGGAGGAAAUUGUUUGCAAGAUGGACCACUUGGAGGUGCAAUUAAACUUUUAGAACCAAAGAAACAGUGUAAUUUACAAAAAUCUCUUUCCAACUCCCAUCCAGUCCUCUGCAGGGAUCCUUCUAGUAAGUCGUCUUCUCCCCACACAGACAAAGGACCGAUUCAUCGGCAAAAUGCGGCGAUGGAUAAAACGAGACUUUUUCCUUGUGAAGAGAGAAGAAGAAUUGAGAAACUAAAUGCUGAGCAUUUGGGUAAACAUGGAAAUGCUGAAAAGCUGGACAGUCCUAUCGCUGAGCUGUCAAACCCUCGAAAUAAAAGCAAAGAACCCAGUUUUCCAGAAAACAUGGAUAAAGUCGAGCAAACUCCUCGAAGCACAAGGCCACAUUCUGAAAUGAGAGGCCCAGGUCGGCUCACUCCGGAAAAAAAUGACAAGGUUAGGCACCGCUUUACUCAGGACACACUUAUCGCUUGUUCAAAAGACAAUCCAGAGAUAAGAGACAAGAGAAGUUAUGCUGAAAAGGAGGAGAGACAUAAAGAGAAAGACACAAGGAGAAGUGACCUCAGGGAGAGGGAACUGAAAGUGGACAGGAAAAAAGAUCAGAGAAGUAAUCGAGAAGUUGGCAAAGAGAAGCAAAGAGAUGACAAAUUGAGGGGCCAGGAAACUGAAAAGGAAAGAGAAUCAGAGAGAAGACGAUUUGAAAAAAUGAGGGAGCAUUCCAAACUGACAAACCCUGGAAGCCCACGAAAGAGCUCUAAGCGAAACACAUGCGUGACAGUGGAGCAUACAACAGGAGAAAGAAGAGAGCGGAAGAUUGAGAGCAAGAAAUCAGGAAAGGAGAGAAGCAUUGAGGAUAUCAAAGACCGAAGAAGUAAACAUUCAAACUGGAAAAUGCACGAUGAUAUGACCCCCAAGGACGGUGCUAAACAAAGUAGCAAAGGUUACGACAGAAACAUAAAAAAAAAUGAAAGUAGAAAAGAGGAAAAGGGUAAAUCUGAGCACAAAGAUCGAAGAGACCGCAACAUCAGCAGACGUUCUUCAAGGGAUCAAGGGGACUGUGCUAAAAGAGAGAAGAAGCAUCAAGGUGAAAAAGAAAAAUCUAAGCUAUCUGAGAAUAAUGAAAAGAUAACAGAAAGAAAUUGUGUACAUCAAACGCAGAAAAGAGUAGAAGAAUCAGUACAUGGUAAUAGCACAGCUAACUUUCAAACUCCAACAGAUGAACAAAAUUCAAUAAGAGACACUGAUCCCAAGUUGCAGUUCAUGGAAACAUUGCAGCUUACUGUUUCCCCUGUGAAAAGGCCAUCUACUGUCCUUUGUGAAGUAGAUGAUGAAAUGAAGUCCAGCCAGCUACUCAGUGAGGAUGAAGUGGUGAGAUUUGCUGAGCAAACAGCCUCGGCAUCUGAGGAGGCUGACUUUAACUUGGGGAGAAUUUCUAAUGAACCUGAUGAAACACUGGCAAUGGACACAAACUGCAAAUCUGCUGAGUCACCAGUAGGAGGAUCUGAGAUUCAUGUUCCUCAGGGCAUUCAGGAACCCGCAGACCUUGAAAUGGUGCCAUCUACGCUGCUACAAGGGACUGAAGAAGAGGAAGGCUUUCAAAUUAUUUUAGUGGAAGAUGCUGCACCCCAGCAGAUGGAAUGUGACUGCACUGUGGAUUACUCAGGAAAGUUAGCUCCAAUAGUUGUAGAGACCAUGGGGACCGUGGAAGUAAUUAGUGAAACAAUUUAUGAAAUGGCUGAAAGUCCAAUGCCACUUGUAGAAAUUGAUAGCAUUGAUACUGAAGAGCAUGUAGAACCUGUAGGAAGUUGUUCAGAAGUCAACAAUGAGAGUGUUGGUGAAGUGAAUGGAAAAUCUCCAGAGCCUACAGAAGCUAACUGCAUUACCAUUGAUGGGCAGGAUGGGAGUUCAGAUUGUCCAAUCGAACUUGGCAGUACAAUCAAAAAUGAGAUUGUCUCCCUGAACACUGAUGGGAAACCUGAAGAUUCAGGGCAAUCUGUGGACGUCAGUGCAGCAGUUGUUGAAGAAUGGACUGGGAAUUCAGAACCAGAUUUCACCAGUUGUGAACUACAGCAGCCAAACGGAAAUGCGGUAGAUUCUUCAACAACUGUCAACAAAACACCUGUUAAAAAUGUUUGUAUACCUGAUGACCAGGAAGAAAACUCCAUUCAGAGCAUUGACUUCACCUAUAUCGGAUGCAUACCAGAACCAAUCAGCCCAUUAACCAGUCCUUUACGUCCUGUUCGACCCUCAACAUUGGAGAGCUCGGGUACACAAGCAGAGAGGGAUGUUGGCCACAAAGAUUCUGCAGCAGAAGUCCAAGGUGGUUGUUCUCCAAGGAACUGCACUCUAGAGUUGAAUAAAGAAAAUCAGGAACCAUUGUUCAAGGAUGGAGAAAAAGCAUUGGGAAUUUCGGUAGAACUCUCUUUUUCAGAAGAAAUAGAAGAAGGGGAAAUUGUAAGUGAUGAAGAGGAGUGUGUGCCUGAAGGGCAGAAGCCAGUGAACAACAUUCGGGUGGAGAAAGAGGACAACAACAAAGAGAAGGGUAAUCCCAGUAAAAGCAACAAAAAAGAAACAAGACUGGUAAAUCCUGAUGUGUCUACUCUAAACUGUUCCCCUGAGGCCUUAAUCAAGAUAAAGAGCAGUAAAAAACGAAGGAAAUCAGAAAGGAUGUCUUCAGAUCAAAAUGCUGAUGGGUUGAGAUUGUCCUCAUCCACAAGUUCUGUUGAAAGAAAUCAGAUUAAGUCCUCAGUCUCAAAUUUGAUGGGAGCCUUAAUGGUCACUCGUAAGAGUAUACGAAAAAAAUACAUGAAGCUUCAUAAGCAAUUUGAAAUCCACAGAUUUCAACGCAUUGUUGAGAUUGCCUCUGCAGACUUCACCUCCAUUGUUAAAGGGUCUAAUUUUCCAAAGUCUAGGCAGCCAUUAAAGACCUCGAUUUGUGCAGUAAUUGAGAACAUACUAUCACAGGCCAAGUGCAAUGGGAUUGUAAAGAGUAUUUUCUUACAGCAGGCCCCAAACAUGAAAGAAAAAUUAUGGUUGUUUGUGGAAAAGCAGUUUGAUUUUAUGUUCGACAAGGUACGUGAGAUGUUCAUCUCUUGUGAGAGUAUAAGUCUAGAACUAGCCUUGGAAGAGAAAAGGAAAAAUGAAAGGAUAAUCAAAAAACAGAAGAAAAAUACAGUGAUUAAGCAGCUUGAGAACAAAGUUGAUGGUAAAUUGCCAAAGCUGAAAAGGUCCCUUUUUCCUUCAGAACCAUCUUUGACAAAUAACUUAUCAGGCAAAAAGAACUCUGGCAAAAAUAAACAAGCCAGUGAUGACCGCAAAAAGAAAGGAACUAAAGUAUUGGACAAAUAUUCAAAGGGUGUAGCGUUUUCAGCCAUUGAUAUCUCCAAAGAAGAUGCUAGCACAAAAGACAAAAAUGUGCUGUCUGUGACGCAGGUGAAUUCAAAUGCUUCAAGUGAUCCACCAAUAAAUUCUGUAAAAGACUGCCAUGAUAAAACUGAACUUGGCAUUCUGACUGAACAACAAGCCUCUACUCUCACAUUUAACCUGGUAAGCGAUGCCCAGAUGGGUGAGAUUUUCAAAUGUUUGUUACAGGGCUCAGAUCUACUGGAGCAAGGGAUUUCAACUUUGGAAUGUAAUUCUUGGCCUAUCCCAGAAAAGGUGCGGCCUGACAUUGGAACACAGCUCUCGGGUAGUGAUUCCACUUCAGAGAAAGCUCCACCUGUAUCCCAGGUGGAUGCUGUUUCCUGGCCUCCUGUUACACCAAACACACACACAGUUGGGUUAAGGCAACCACUUGAUCUAGAUAUUCUAGAUGAAAGUUGCAUGUUGGAAAUUCCUGAUAAGGUGGUGCAUACCAAAGACUCUGUGAUAGGUCCGCCUGAAGAUUCAAGUGGCCAGAAGAUAAUUGAAAGCAGUUCAGUCCUGCAAAUGCGUUCCUCUAUUUCCUCUAUUCUGAUGGAGGACCUGGCAGUUUCCCUUACAGUCCCCUCACCUCUUAAAUCAGAUGGGCAGAUCAGCUUCUUAACUUCUCAGAAUGGGGAGCCUUUGCGUGAUGGAGUGAGCGAGGCAAUUUUGUCUGCACAUUACAGUGAAAGUGCUCUCCUCGAUGAAGAGGACGCUUCAGAGCAGGAUAUUCACUUGGCGUUGGAUUCAGACAAUUCAAGCAGCCGGUCGAGCAAUUCUUCAACAUGGAACAAGCAGAUUUCAGCCUCUGCUUUUCAGUAUCAGCUCCAUCCCCCAAUGCAGGCAGUUGUAAUGGAAAAAUCAAAUGAUCAUUUCAUUGUUAAGAUCAGAUGCAGGCCACCUGACACUGAAUCGACUCAGCAGAGCUCACCUUCAGCAGCAAAAGAAAACCGAGCAUCUGAGCUGGGACCAAGCAGUGACCACGGUAUGGAGACAGUUGAUGAGACUCCAGCAACCUGCAGCAGCGUGAAUAUCGUGCUUGAUCAAGAUCACGUAAUGUCAGAAUCGUUGCCUAAUCAGCCCUUAAUUGUAGAACAUCCAGUAGAUAACAGCAGAAACAUGGAAAAGUUGGGAAUAGAUGUGGACAUGAAACUAUCUUAUCCUGAGGAAAAUCGACCUUCAAUUAAAAAUCAUGUAGAUGUGGAGCCCUCACCCAAUAACAAUGCUGAGAGUGUUGUGACAUUGACUGCACCAACUAGAACAGCAACUGUUUGGGAAUGUGGCGCCACUUUAGGUAACAGGAAGAGGAAGAAUAAUGUGAAAGUGGAUUCUACCGUGAAGAGAGCACGUAAAGAGAAUGAGCUUUUGAAAAGCAAUAAUAGGAAAGAUAAAGAAACCAAAGUUAAAAGAAGCUCCUCGUCAUCAGCAAAGAAAGCACUCAGCAGCAAAACAGUAGUUACUCCAAAGAAAGCAAUGGGCAAUUCUUCCCAUUCUAUAGCCAAGUCCCCAUCAAGUCUUCCUGCUAAAAAUGUCAUCAAGAAGAAUGGUGAAGUUGUAGUUACAUGGACCAGGGAGGAUGAUCGAACAAUACUGUUGGGCUGCCAACAGAAGGGAGCAAAUGAAGAAACCUUUGGUUACAUAGCUGGAAAACUGCAUAGGUCUCCACGUCAGGUUUCAGAACGGUUCCAUCGUUUGAUGAAAUUAUUCAAAAAGUCAGAAAACAUGAACAACUGAAAGCUUGCACAUCUUAGAUUUAUAUGUCUGUCCUGCCGAAAACAUCCAAACAAUCUUGGAGAAGAAAUAUUAAGUACGGAAAUGACUAAAAAAUAACCCAAAACGUUUAAAUCCAGUGUUUUUUCUUAACUUUAAAUUUUUUUCAGUGGUCACAUCUCUGAAGCAUCAGUUUAAAUAGAUGAUACUUCGGAUUGGCAUACACAUACACGAAGAACCUUUGCACCUAUUUCAAUCACUUUUGCCCUUCACACCAGCCCUAACCUUGGAAAUUGUUGUGUCACACCAGACUAGCAAUUGAUAGCUUUGCAGCAAGCUCAGUGAAAAAACUUUAAAUGCCAUGAUUUGUUUCAGUUUGACAGUGUCAAUGUAAGUGAUUUGUCUAUCUCAAGUAUCUCUAAAUACAGGUGCUUACAUUGUUUUGUUUUCCCCCCCCCCACAUUCGUAUUACUGACAUUUGACUGCCUGUCUCAGUGCGUUCACUUGAGGUGUGCUGUCUGAUUAGUAUAGCCUGUAAAGUAUAAAAUAUGUAAUUGUACAUAAACCUAUUAAUGCGAUUUAUAUUUUUGUGAAUAUCUUUCAAAGCAGGUUUGAAACUUUUUUGAAGCUGUCUGCAUUCACACCUGUUUUUAUAGAACUGUUAAAUAGAAUGCUGUAAAUUUGUUAAUAUUAUAAAUACAGGUUUUUGAAAUUUACAGAAGUGUGUUAAGUAUGUUUCAAACUGUGAAGAUUUAUUAAUGUAAUUUAUUUUUGCUAGGUUUCAAUGUGAAAAGUAAAAGUUACUUUUUAAUGUUUAUGUUUUUUUUGUAUCAUGCCCAGAAAAAGUGUGUCAAGCUUAAUGACAAUGCAAGUGCAGUUUUAGCAGUUUAGAUGCCUUGCUUGGCUUCAGUGCUUAAAUUCCUUAGUGCACACAGCUUUUUAUAUUUUCACCUUUUUGCUGGAACAGGAAGUACAGAUAUUUUCCUCUUCAAAAAUGCCCUUACGGAUAGGUCUAACACCAUUAGAUUGAGCACUGGAUUCUUAAUAUGUUGUUCAGUGUUACUGAUGGUCAUAAUUACAGCCUGCAGUUUGUUUUAGGUUCAUAGUUACACGGAUGCUCCGGAACAAGAGUAUUAAAAUUGAGAAUUGUGAUUUUCAGGAGGAGCAGAAAACUGGGAAAUUUCAAAUCCCUGGAACAUAGCCACCAUGAGUUGGUGCAUCAGUGGUGCUUUAACAAAAAACCAAAUAGCCACACAUUUCACUUCAGGAUAAAGUGAUUGCAGGAUCUUGGGAUGAUAUAUUCUUAAUAAGCAGUUCAGCUUAUGGAAAAAGCCUACAAGUUCAUUGCAAUUGACAGUUCAAUACAUAUGAAGCAGUUAAUGCCAAACAAUAGGAUAGUGGCCAAAUUCAGUGAGGGGUAGCUGCUGAAUGCUGAAAUCUCAAAUGCUAGUGAAACACUCUUGAUAAAAGAUCUCAUAACUGCACAAGGUUUAUGGGAGAGAAAUUUGCUUGUAUAGCACCGCUAUGUGGUCUGCCUUGAUUCUAGGUUGCUACCUGCUUGACCCGUGUGGCUUUCUUCCGUGAUAUCAAUGAAGAAAGAAGUGACGCUACUCAAACUAAUUUUGCCCCAUGUGUGUUUUGACCUUUGAGCCAUGUAUCAAUUUCUUCCUCAAGGGAUAACCUCUUUAUUUUCUAGUUAACUCUUGUGUUGCCCUCUUUCCUAAUUAGUUUGUUAUUUUCUGAUUUUACUUUGCCUGUAAGACCACACAGAAUCAUUCAUCCCAAAUUAAACUUUCUCC